AUGUAGGGGCGGGCGAGCGGGGUGGGCACGCCGGGCUGGGCGCUGGGGCUGCCCCGCUCAUCCUCCCGGGCACGGCGAGAGCGCGGCGAUGCUCCGGGCGCAGGGGCUCGUCCUCCCACAGCUAAACCCCCACCGUGCCCAAACUGAGGAGGGGGAGCGGAGCGCGACCCCCGUGCCGAGCCCCCCGGGCUGCGCAGGGCUGUGCCCCGCGGGCAGCGCGCCGAGGGGCGCUGGGCUGGAGCCGGAGCGCGGCGGGUGCUGCGGGAAUGGUGCGGUGGGAAGAGGUGCCACGGAGCUCUGCUCCAUCCCAGCCCCCGCCCCGGCCUCGCGCAUCCCACACACUAAUUGCUGCUCUUUUUUUCUUUUCUUCCCAAGGCAGCAGCUUCUGCUGGAGCAAGUGCUGGUGGGGGUGGGCUGUGGGGAUGGAUUGGGAGAGAAUGGGGUCAGUGACAGGCAAAGAGCACAGGAAUGCUCCCCCUGGGGCCAUUGCAGCCCGGCACAGGGAUGGAUGGGGUCGGAAUGGAUGGGGUCGCUGUGCCAGGCUGUGGUUCAGGUCAUUCCAGGGCCACCUGCCAGCCUUGUCCAGGGCACCUCGUGGGAAGCACUGGCUCCGUGGGGGUGGGUGUUUGCAGGGGAAACACUGGUGGUGUCCUAACUCCUGAGAUGUGAGGUUUCCUUCCCCUGCUCCCACAGUGCUGUGGGAAUGGCUCUGGUUUGGGGGCUUGUUCUUCAGAAAAACCCCAAAUUCCUCAUCAUGUCUCAGCAAGUCAUGUGGACUGAUGGUAUUCCCCAGUUUUCUUGCUGCUCAGUGUCCAUGUUCUUUCUUUUUCCCUCUGCAUUUUGGUUCUCCCCUUUCCCCAUGCAGCGCUGGGUUCUUCCCCCUUCUCUCACCAACACUUUUAUCAAGGCUCAGUUUGGAUUUUCAGUCUGGUUCAUGGAGAAAUGUGAGUUCAGACUCAGCGGGCCUGAAGUGUAGGGAGGAGCUCAAGUGAAUGCUUAAACCCUUCAGAUCCUGGUUUGGUUUAAGUGCUUUGCAGCCUCUAGCUCAGUAGGCAUUUGGGAGCUUGGCCUGGAGUGGAUCCAGUGUGUCACCCCCAGGGAGGGACACUGGGAUGCCACUGAGUGUGCAGAGCAUGGCUCUGCUGCCAUGGGACCUGCCACGGCUUUGGCAAUUCCCUGGAAGAGGGACAAGCCAGAGAGCACACGUGUGCCCACAAGCACGUGUGUCUGAGCUAGCUCCCAGCCACUCUUGUUCUGCUCCAGGGCCCUGGCACUCACUGCCAGCCGCAGGUGCUGCUCCUCUGGGGCUGAACGCUCUGUUUUGGGUGUUUCAGCCAGCGCUGAGCCUUCCUCACCUUCCCAGCGCCAGCACAGUGGGGAAGGCUGCUCCGAGGGGAAGCGUGUGCGUGUUCCUGUGCUGAUGGGACCAUUUGUGUGUGUGCCAGUCCCACCAGUGACACCGAGAGCUUCUGGUGGUGCUGAUGAGGUGCUUGAUGGGAUCCCCAUGUGCGGUGCUGGGGCUGUUGCACAGCCUGACCUGCCCUCAGCACCGCUGUCACCGCUGCUGUCACCGUGCCACUGUCGCUUGUGCCACCACAGCCGAGCCCCAGCUGAGCUUUGCAGGGCCCUAAUCCCAUUUCCCUUGUGUCUCUUUCAUCUCCAGUCGGACCAGGAGAGUGGUAAUAGACCUUCUUACUAAAUUAAAUGUGCACGCUGCUCCUCAAGGCACGGUGCGGCUCAACCUUAGUUGAUCCCCCAGCCACAGCAGUAUGGUGCCUCCGGGGAAAAAGCCAGCUGGGGAAACUUCCAAUUCCAAUAAAAAGUGCAAGCGCUAUUUCAAUGAGCACUGGAAGGAGGAAUUUACCUGGCUGGAGUUUGACUAUGAGAGGAAGCUCAUGUUUUGCACAGAGUGCCGGCAGGCGCUGGUGAAGAACAAGCACGGAAAGGCGGAGAACGCCUUCACCGUGGGCACGGACAACUUCCAGCGCCACGCGCUGCUGCGGCACGUCACCUCCGGGGCGCACCGCCAGGCGCUGGCCGUCAACCGCGAGCAGCUGGCCUUCGACACCCGUGUCCACGGCCACCCCGAGCUGCGCCCGCUCAUCAAGGUGGAGGUGAACCCCGCCAAGGUGGCCGUCCUCACCACGGUCUACUGGAUGGCCAAGGAGGAGAUCGCGGAUGAGAAGUGCUCCUCCCUGCUCAGCUUCCAGAAGUUCAACCUGUGCCAGGCGCUGCUGGCCUCGGAGCACAGCGAGUUCUACCAGCCUGGCAGCGUCAGGGAGAUGCAGGCAGCCAUUGCCAAAGUCCUCCACAACGAGGACAGGCACAGGAUCAAAGCCUCGCCGUUCAUUGGGCUGGUGGUGGACGAGACAGUGGACGUCCUGGAGCACCGCAGCCUCGCCGUGUUCACCACCACUGUCUCCCCCUGCAACGGGCAGACCUCCACCACCUUCCUGGGCAGCUUCGAGCUGCCUGCCGGGGAGGCCUCCACUGUGGCAGGCAAGGUGGGCGAGGUGAUGCGCUCCUUUGGCAUCCCCACCAUGAAGCUCACCUGGCUCAGCGCCGACAGCGCCUCGCUGGUGGCCGAGCGGCUGAGCGGGGUGGGGACGGCGCUGACCUCGCUCUGCCCGCUCCUCACUGAGGUGCACUGCCUGUCCCACGGCACCUCCCUGCUGCUGGCUGAGAGCAUCAGCACCAUUGAGUACCUCCAGAAGUAUGAGACCACUGUGGAUGCCGUGUAUAGGCUCUACUCCAGCUCCCAGGGGGAAGGGAGUAGCCUGCAGGAGCUGCGGAGAGUCCUGGACCUCUGUGAGAUAGACCUCGGGAGCCCCAAAGCCAUCCACUGGACUUCAAUCUUCCCAGCUGUAGAAGCCAUUGACUCCUCGUGGCCCACACUGGUGCUGCUGCUGGAGAGCCAGGCGGAGCGCUCACCCGUGGCCCGCGGCCUCUGCGAAGAGCUCAAGAAGUUCCAGUUUGUGGCCUUCACCAAGAUCCUCCUGGAUGUCCUCCCCAUCUUCCAGAAGCUCAGUCGUUUCUUCCAGAUCGAGGAUUUUGACCUCUCCAUCUUGAAGCCCAUAGUCUCAGCCACAGCCACCACUCUGCAGGCCCAGCAGAGCACCAGUGGCCAGAACCUCCGGGAGUUCCUCAGCGAGAUGAACAAGCACCCCCAGGACGCCCGGGAGGGCGAGAGCCGCCUCUACUACAAGGGUGUUGAGCUGGCCAACUGCUCCCAAGUGCACCUGAAACACUUUGAGCACCUGAAGGACAGCUACCUGGAGAGGGUGCGGGGCAACCUGCUGGACAGGUUCCCCAGCAGCGUCCUGGAGGCCAUCAGCUCCUUCUCUGCCAUCUUCAACCCCAAGUGCUACCCCCAGUCUCUGGAGGACAUCGGCAGCUAUGGGGUCAGCGAGCUGAACUUCCUGCUGCGGGUGUACUCACGGGUGGUGGUGAGCGAGAGGGCCCUGAGCGACUUCCCCCUCUUCAAGCGCAUCGUCUUCAGCCUCAGCCAGCUCUCCUUCAAGGACCUCUGUGUCAAGCUGGUCUACAGCAGCUCCGAGAUGCACGAGCUCUUCCCGGACUUCGCCGUGCUGGCAGCUAUUGCGCUGGCCUUGCCGCUGGGCUCGGCCCUUGCCGAGAAGAUCAGCCGGGGCCGGGAGCUGCUGAGGCGCGGCCGGUCGCGGCCUGCCAAGGCCGAGGCGCUCUCUGACCUCAUGAAGAUCGCCCUGGACGGGCCGGCCAUCAGCGAGUUCAACUUCGCCUUGGCCAUCGAGUACUAUGAGAGCAUGAGGGAGCCCGGGUUCAUCGUGGCGCCGGUGAAGUGAGCGUGGCUGGUGUGGCUCCUGGGGCAGGAGCCGGGGCCUGCGGGCAGCCCCCAGGGCCACAGCGCUGCCUUUCCGCAUCACCGGCCACUGCUGGGCAUGGUGACCUCUCUGUGCUGGGAAGAGAAGCAGGAUCCUUUGCAAAGCCAUGCUGGUCCCGUGACCAUCCCUCCCUCAUGCCCCAAACCUCUGUUUGAAUCGCCCAGAAUUCAGAGUCCUGGGGCCACCUGAGCUCCCAAAUUGCCAUGAGUUUUUUCCAAGGGUUUGUCAUCAUUUUGUUUUAGGGAGAUGAAGGCAAAGCUCUUGAGCUCAAAUGUCACGUUGCCUUUGCACAAAGAUACCCAGCAGCUUUUGCUUAAUGCUCUGCAAAAAUAUGGGAUUUCUGCUACUCUGGAGCCUGGAGAGGGAAUGCAGAAAAGGCAGCGCAUCCUCCGAGCUCUGCGCCGACCCCAACAUGCCUGGCGGUGUCGUGUUGGUGUUCCUUGCACACAGCACAGGGUAUUUUUAGCAGUGGCAUCAAGUCAUGAUCAUUUCAAGAGCAAGAGAUUUAGGGAAUGAUAUUGUAACGGCUGAGGAAGUAUUAACUUUAAAUGUAUCAUUGUGUACAUAUGUGUAUGUGUGUAUAUAUAUAAAUAUACAUAUAUAAAUAUCUAUAUUAAAAAGGUCUAUCUUAAUUUUCCUAAAGUUUAAAGUAUAAAGAUAACUAAAAGGACUUUUUUUUUUUUUUUAUGUCAAGGACAGAAUAAAUUGUGAGCAGGGGUCCAAUAACAAUCAAUAGCUAAUUCUUAUUCUUUCCAAAACAUCCUCACGUCCCCAAGUUCCCUUUGCACCCUGAGCUCUUGGCAACCUGCAGUCUGGGAGAAAGUCCUUCAACACCUGCUUUUGGGGCCAGCUGGAGGUGUUCAGCUCAUAUUUCUGCUCUGAAGUGUUGCUCUCUGUCCCGAGGUGAGCAGAGCUGUUGGUGCCUGCAGCAGCCUGGAGCUCGGGCCCCUCUGCCCACGGGUCUGAGGUGUUCCAGUGUGAUGGGCUUUGCUGGUUUUCACUUGGAGGGCUGUUUCCUUCACUUCAGACUGAUUCUCAUCAGCAAUAAACCCCGUGCAGCAGCAUGAAGCAUUACCUCAGUUGAAUCCUGAGUGCCAGGUCCUCUGCUGGGGCUGCCAAAAGCUGGAAAUGGGAGGAUGUAGCAGAUCUGCUGCCCCACACUCCAGCUCUGGUUGCUCUGGGAGUCCAGUGCAGUGCAAUCUGUUUGUUACUAAUCCAGAUCCCAGAGGUGCUGGGGCUGCACUGGUGCUGCCAUCGUGGUCCAGUGUUGUGACUGGGGGUUGCUGUUCUUCUCUGGCCACCAGCCUUUGGCAUUGGGGAUCCUCCUGGAAACAUGCUUGGCCAGAGACAAAACCUUUAAAGCCCUGGGUAAGGAUUUGGAGACACCAUCAAAAUUUGCUGAGAACAUCUCCCAAGCAGGAGGGAGCCUCUGUGUGAAUAAACAGCUCCAUCUCCAUCUGGCCUGGGCAGACUCUGCACCAGAUGCUCGCUGAGGCGUCGUCGUCUGCGGGGAUGGGUCCUUGGCAGGCUCGUGUUGGUAUGAGAACCUGCAGCCUUCAGAAGCAGCUCUGGGAGGUUCACACAGGCAGGUGACAGAGCACAACAGUUGCUCUGCUCUGCCUCACAGGGAGCAGGAGAAAAACCUGCUGCAGGUGUGUGUUCAGUGGCUGUGUAGGGUGAAGG